GCCCGCCGCGGCUGCCGGGGCUGGGAGUGAGCCGCUGGGCGCCUCCCGCAGCGCCCCGCGUUGACCGGGGACGGGGGGAACUCGGCACGGCCGGGGGGACUGAACGGGACGACGCGGGUGUUGCUUCGGCCUUCCUCUUGGCUUUUUGGGAGUGGUGUAGGGGCUCGAACCCAAGGCCUUCGCCCUGAGCUACGUCCUCGGCGCCUUUUUGUUUUAACACAGGAUCUCGCGAGCUUCCCCAGGCACGGUGUGAACUUCUGAUCCUCCUGCCUCAGCCUACCCCCAGAGUGCUGGUAUGAUAGGUGUGCACCCCCAUAUUCGGUUUACCUUUUCACUUUUCAAACAUUCUAACGGUGUUUGAGAAUUCCUCAGAUGUACUGUCCCGCCAGAUGUGUUUCUACUUUCUCAUGCCUGGACUGUCAAGGGUUUUGUUACAUUAUCUUUUAAAAGUAGCAAGAGUUUAUUUGGUGAGGAGCUGCAAAGGAAGGCCACGUGGGCUUAGUUUACCUGCGGUUUGCAAAGUAACUCAGCUGGCUGCUGCUGCUACAUUGUAACGGGGGAGCCUGCUACCCUAAGGGUGGAGCCUAGGCGCUGGCAGUCUUUGAGACCACGCUGAGAGUGUAUUUCCACGGAGCCCAUGAGGAUAAACGAAUCUGUAUUGCGCACUGCUUUCUGCGGACUCAGAUAAGUAAUCUUUCUGUCCCCAACUUGACCUGGGUGACUGAUGCAGUAAAGAUUUGCAGUCCUCCUGUAACUUACUAAAGGGUUGUGCCUAAGAGAAUCCAAGUUAGUAAUCCUGGGCGCUUUCUUUUGACUCAAUAUUUUCAUUGCUUCCGCGGAUGGGGAGAAAAAAAAUCUUCCUGGGCUUGGUUGUCAUACAAAUGAUGACUUUAAGUAGAUGUCCAGCUACUGAUCACUUCGGACUCCUUGCCUGUCCUCCAGUGUAAACCGUGGGCAUCACUGGGAGCGUGAGGACUGCUAAAUGUCCGGGAGGACGAGCCGGGGGGCCUGGAGAAACCGCAGCUGAGAGGCCUUUGGGUUCCAGAGUGACGAGGCACAACUGGGAGAGGACCACCGCUGCGGUGGGUGAGGCAUAGCUGCUGUCCAGGGAGCCUGGAGAUGCGCCUUUGGGUCCAGACCUCACCUACGAAGACUUGUGCAGAAAUUAGCCUCUGAGAGCCGGGAGAAAACGGCAGAAUCAUUUUGAAGUAAGAACAUGGCCAAAGUUGUAUUUUUUGAACCUUCACUGUUAUGUAAAAUUCCAAGGCAAGGAAAGGAGUCUGGAGAAGAGAGGAAUCAGUGCAGGCGCGGGCUCCCAGGAUAAAGAGCACUGGGAGGGAGAUGUCUGAGGUGGCCCCUGCAUUGUCGGAGGACAAGAUCUCCACUGAGGUCUUAAGGCAGAGACACCACCAGGGAAGGACAAAGGCUGCCGUUCUGACCAUGCUGAAUUUGAAUUGCCUGGGAGCCGACCGCCCAGAAUUGCUGGAUUCCACAAACAACAAUCUGUGGCCCCUGAUGCUGUCUUUGGAGGUGGCGGUUUGGUUUAUCUUGCCUGUUUUCAUUGUGGAAAUCCUUCUGAAGUGGGUAGCCAGCUUCUCUCUGUACUGGAAGGACCCCUGGAAUGUCUUUGACUUUGUUGUCACCCUGUUGCCCUUACUUUAUGAAAUCUUGGUGCUGGGAGGGGUAACAGGCCAUCCCGUGUGGCUCGAGCUGCUGAGUAUCUGCGGUGUGAUGCGGUGUUUCAGGCUCUACGCACAGUUCCAUCAAGUCCGAGUCAUUAUUUUGGCCCUGGUCAGAACCUUCAAGAGCAUCCGAUUUCACUUCAUGUUGCUGCUCAUCCUCUUCUACAUUUUCGCCGUGGCCGGUGUCUACUUCUUUAAGGAUUACAGCCGUUCAACUCUCCAGGACCUGGAGUACCAGGAGGCCUUCUUGAGCCUGCCAAAUUCCCUAAUCACUGUCUUCAUCCUCUUCACAAUGGAUCACUGGAAUGCACUGCUGCGGGACAUGUGGCAGGUGCCAGAAGUCAGCUCCCUCAUCAGCAGCACCUAUAUCAUCCUCUGGGUGCUGCUUGGCUCCAUUAUCCUACGGAACGUCAUAAUAAGCACUAUGGCAAAUAACUUCCGGGACAUCCGGGACGAGCUGGACAAGGAGAUGGCGCAUCUGGCUGCUCAGCACAAAGCUGACAUCCUCAAGCUGCAGAUCCUCAGGAGGAGACAAAACCCAUCUUUUACAACACUGCGGUCAAGCCACAGCCAAAUCAAUCCCAGAGAACUCAGUCACCACAGGACCUCUCUGGACUUCCAAGAAGCUGCUUCAGAACAAGAUUCUAAAUCUAAGCAGAGUGCUAUUGAAAAGGAACUGAUAAGCUCUUCCAAGAAAAGAGAGUCCUCAGUCGUUAGAGAAGAGUCCUCAUCUUCCUCUUCUACAUCUUCCUCUUCAGAAUAUGGUGGUGAGCCAGACUGGGAAAACCUGGUGCAUCAGAACCUCCACGAGCUCAUAGAAAUGGAUCAGGAUGAGUACACUGUAUGGCCCCGAAAUCUCCUCUUGCGAUAUCUGGAGCUGCUGGAAGAGCUUCAGUAUAAUCUGGAGGAGCGGAAGCAGCUGCAGCAGUUGGCAGCGCAGGCACUGAUGAAUUUCCAAGACAGGUAACAUGCACAACGAACAGCUUCAAGAUUUGGGGGCCCAGCAAAAGAUAAUGAAGGA